GGGGAGGCGCAGCAGCAGCAGCCGCGAAGACGCGGCGGCGGGAGGCAAGAGAUGGAGUACCGCAACAAGCUGGUGCUCGCGCCCAUGGUCCGCGCGGGCGCUCUGCCUCUUAGGCUACUGGCAGCUGAAUAUGGUGCUGAUAUUACAUACGGAGAAGAAAUAAUCGACCAUAAGUUUGUGCACUGUCAACGCGUAACAAAUGAAUCUCUCGGGACUACUGAUUUUGUGGAGAAAGGGACUGGUAGCGUGGUUUUUCGAACAUGCCCACAAGAAAGGGACAGGGUUGUCUUCCAAAUGGGCACAUCAGAUGCCGUGAGAGCACUUAAAGCUGCUGAGAUUGUGUGUAACGAUGUUGCUGCUAUAGAUAUCAACAUGGGUUGUCCAAAGGCCUUUUCUAUCAGUGGAGGAAUGGGUGCUGCAUUACUCACCAAACCUGAGCUUAUACAUGACAUUUUGACCACAUUGCGGAGGAACUUGAACACACCAGUGACAUGUAAAAUCCGUCUUCUGAGCAAACGUGAGGACACUGUGGAGUUGGCUCGCCGGAUUGAGAAAACUGGUGUUCCAGCUCUGGCUGUCCAUGGAAGAACGAUCAAAGACAGGCCAAAAGAUCCGGCUAAGUGGGAUGAGAUAGCUGAUGUUGUGUCGGCACUGUCAAUUCCAGUUAUAGCUAAUGGAGAUGUAUUUGAGUACGAAGAUUUUAAGAGAAUCAAAGAUGCUACAGGUGCCACAUCUGUAAUGGCUGCUAGAGGUGCCUUGUGGAAUGCCUCUGUUUUCAGUGCCAAAGGCAAAAUACCUUGGGAGGAUUACAAAAGAGAGUAUGUCAGAAAGACUAUUUUGUGGGACAAUGAUGUGAAGAGCACAAAGACAACGUUGAGAGAAAUAAUUACGCACUAUACUAACCUUGAAUUUGCUGAAGGGAAAGGUGUGAUAAAGUGUGGUUCAUCAGCAGAUGUAGCGAGACUUUACAAUGAAGAGGAUUACUACAAUUUUGUUGUAUCAAAUUGGAAAUGAACAAAACAGGAUUUUGCUGACAUCUCGUCUCAUGUGACCGAGCUUCUGCUUGGAUCCCUGUCUCGGCUUGUGUUUUCUGGAGGGUUUUUAACGAGUUUCGGACAAAUUCAUCAUAUCACCAAACAAUACGAGGUGUGCAAGUUUUGGCUUUUGCACUGCCAUCAUAGUAUGGAAUCAA